CUCAAAUCAUGUGAUUCAGGUGUUCCAAUCCCCUCCAAAUCAUGUGAUUCAGGUGUUCCAAUCCCCUCCAUAUCAUGUGAUUCGGGUGUUCCAAUCCCCUCCAAAUCAUGUGAUUCGGGUGUUCCAAUCCCCUCCAAAUCAUGUGAUUUGGGUGUUCCAAUCCCCUCCAAAUCAUGUGAUUCAGGUGUUCCAAUCCCCCUCAAAUCAUGUGAUUCAGAUGUUCCAAUCCCCUCCAAAUCAUGUGAUUCAGGUGUUCCAAUCCCCUCCAUAUCAUGUGAUUCAGGUGUUCCAAUCCCCUCCAAUCAUGUGAUUCAGGUGUUCCAAUCCCCUCCAUAUCAUGUGAUUCAGGUGUUCCAAUCCCCUCCAUAUCAUGUGAUUCAGGUGUUCCAAUCCCCUCCAUGGACACAGGUGUAUACAAUCAAGCCCCUAGGCAUG